CAGCAACCAGCAGGUUUCGGUGUCAACACAGAAUGCUGCUACCUCAGCUGCAGGACAGCAGCAAAGCGUUCUCCCAGUUGCAUAAAGUGUUUCCAUGGCGACUCGGAUACAGCAGUUGGCUCAACCCAAACCAAACAGACUAAGAUAUCCAGACCGUCGGUCUGUUUACUGGCUGGAUAAGCUUCCACCAGAAAGGAGCGGAUUAACCACUAAAAUUGAGUUAACCCCCCGCUGGUCGGACUUGUGCAUAAGUAGAAAGUUCUACAAUCAAGUCACAAUUUCUCCCAUAUGGCAGGUCAGUGAAUGGGCUCUUAAGGCCGUCCCAUCCAAACGGGUGUGUCAUCUGGCUCAACCUCGGAUGCCUGCAGCUGGUUGGCAGCCCGCCUCCCCGUUGUCGGUCCCUGUAAGCACACAGACAGCUGUUGCCACUUCACGGAUCUGCCAGCUCGCCCAGCCAAAGCGAAGGCAGGUUCUGGAGAAAUCCAGGCACGAAUCUAAACAUGUACAAGUAAUCCACCUGCCCUCUAAAGCAUCUCCACACAUAGAGCUACUCGCCACUCCGAAGAAUGACCACCCCGAGUUCAAAGGAGACCGCCCAGUGUGCUGGUCCGUUUCCAAAGCUGCAAAGAGCUACAUAACCAGCCAAAGACUUCUUGAUCUGUCCAGUCCUAAAGAGAGGAAGGCUCUGUAUGAGGGAUAUGACCCAUACACGAUCAGCCGGGGAGCCCGAUCAGCCAGCCCCUCUCCCAGAAUACAACAGCUCUGUUUGCCUCUGUCUCGCAAAUGCAGCUCAGAGUAAGAGCAGUGACGGCAAACACCGGUCCCCAGAGAGCUGUUGAUUGUUCCAUUUUCCUUGCCGAAGACUGUAAUCGUGAUGAAGUGUUUUCCUUGUGAAAUAAUGACUAAGCUUUGUUAUUUGUUCUGCUGCGCGAAUAGCUAUGCACAUAAGUAAAAGACUACUGCAACAUCUUAGUGUUUAAGCCCUUGGAUAUUUGCCACUGUGGACUUACUGUAUUAACUGAAGAUUUCCUGAUUUUACCCGUCUAAUUUUUGCCAGGAUAAAGCUGCUGUUAAGUGUAAUUAUUCUCCUUAUUUUCCUUAAAAACAUGCUCGUGUGUGAAAUAUCUUUUUUAAA